AUGGUUCUUGCUUGGAUACAACACUCAACUUCCGAAUCUAUUGCCAAAUCGAUUAUGUGGAUUGAGAAUGCAUCCAAUGCUUGGAAGAACUUGCAGAUUAGGUUUUCUCACAGCGACAUCUUCCGCAUAUCUGACAUUCAAGAGGAUUUAUACAAGUUUCGUCAAGGUAAUCUCGAUGUCUCUAACUAUUUUACUCAGUUGAAAGUAAUGUGGGAUGAGUUAGAGAAUUAUCGACCGAUUCCGUUCUGUUCUUGUGCCAUACCUUGCUUGUGUGGUGCUAUUGCUUCCAUUAAGAUGUAUAGGGAACAAGAUUACGUUAUUAGAUUUCUCAAAGGCCUUACAGAGAAAUUUGCCCAUUCUAAAUCUCAGAUUAUGAUGAUGAAUCCAUUACCUAACAUUGAUAAGGCUUUCUCCCUUGUGAUUCAGCAAGAACGUGAGAUGGAUAGUGUGGUAGCUAGUGUUAUUCCUUCUGCAGGUUCGUCUGAGACUGUUUCUGCACUACAGGUUCAAUCACAUGAGGGAAACUAUGCUGCCAAACCGGGUACACAUCCUUCUCGUGGUAGGAAUCAAGGUUCUAGUGCUGCAAGAGGGGGAAAUCGUGUUUGUACACACUGUGGCCGCACCAAUCACACAGUUGAUACAUGCUUCAUCAAGCAUGGAUAUCCCCCUAGUUAUAGAAACAAGGCUAAGUCUCAAGGGAAUUCAUCAUCUCAAGCUAGUGCCAACAAUGCAUCUGAUGCCUCUCCUUAG